UUUAAAAUACCUUUGAUUUGGUUUUCCUAUAUUCCCUCACGCAUAAUUCGGCUAAGAAGAAGGGCUUUCGUGCGUGAGAAGUCACUGAAUCCAAGUCACUCUAUCUAUUCGAAUAUGGCGAAGCUGCAAGUUGAUGCCCAAUUUUUUGAGCCCGCAUGCCCACGAUGCCGUGCGAUCCAACAGGAAGUCUGGAACUCCUGAUGCAUGUAUAAGUACUAGCUUUUUUUCCGAGAGGCUGUGUUUGGAUUAUUUUAGGCCCACUCAAGUCCACUCAAUUCGUUCCUUUCGUGAUGGCUGACUUGGAAAAACUGGUUCGCUUGUUGCUCCAUGGUUUUCCUAUCUACAAAAGUUUCGUAGAAUCUUCUAGAAAGAACUAUGUGUUGAAUGCGGAGUAUUAUUCGAAAGAUGAUAUCCGCUACGUCUUUACGGGAAGCUUCCGGGAGGGAUACCCGGACAUUUUAUUAAGUGAUACCGACCUCAUAGUGAUUCCACAUCCUUCCACAGAGAACUGGUCUUUGGAAACUCAAAGUAAAGUUUUUCAGAUUGUUAAUGAAGCACCAGCCCACGUUAAGUUAAUCAUUCCUUCAGGUUAUAGGCAGCGCUUCAAAGAGAAGUACCCUGAGAUUUCAACCUUCCUUGGUCUUCUGGAAGCCGAACAAGAUUGUUGCUUUGUGUCAGCUGAGAUUGCGAGGAAACUUAACGAGCGAGACUUUCUUCACGAGUUUAUGGCUGAAAGUAAGCCAAGUGCAAAAUGGACCGCUCCAUUAGUGGGUGCUGAGAGCAAAAUCUCGGUAUCCUACACCUUUCGUUCUCCGUCGAAGGUUGAUGACAAAGGGAUCUAUCGUGGAAUCGAGGCCGACCGUGUGCUAGCGAUCGAAUGCACUGGAUGGCCGACAAAUGCUAACGAAUGGAAAAUUAGGCAGCCUAGAAACUGGCCCAGUGCUGUUGUGGUGGAAAAUAUCACCUCCAACGGCUUUAUGAUCGUACCAAAGCCUUCCGACCUUUCAGGAGACACUAGAAAGGAGUGGCGAUUUUCGUUUUCGAACCCAGAAGCGGAACUUUUCAAGUGUUUCACAGAAGAGCAAUCCAAAGUUUACUACUUACUACGUUCUUUGUAUGCGAGGUACUUCAAAGAAAAACUGAGAGGAGUAGUAACCUCCUAUCACUUUAAAACAGUGAUGUUUUGGACGCUCGAGGAAGAAGACCCCAGCAUUUGGUGUGAGGAAAGUACCUUGAACCUAUCACUACGGGUUCUUAAGAAGCUCCUACGAUUUAUUCAAGACGGGUUUUGUCCUCAUUUCUUCAUCCGCAAUCACAAUCUGUGUUACAAAACAUCGAAGACAGCGCUUGAAGGUGCUGCGACUGAAAUUGCUGUCGUUUUUCAGGACCCUUCGGUUGUGUUUGACAAGGUAGUAAACUGCCAGGUUCUGGGAUUGAUGCUUCGCCUGAAACUGUUAAAUGUAGACGUUGAGGGAAGAUUAGAAAGGAAAAUUACAGGCCACGCUUCUUUCAUCCAUUUAAAAGCGCCUAGAGAUGUAGAGCUGAAGUGUGUGUCAGAGACCUUGGAAGAUUGUGCCAUCUCUAUCGAAGCACCUGCAGAUGAAGUUCCCUUUUUGUUUGAGGUGUACAUUGCCGCUCUUCUACAGGGUCACCAAUUUGCUUUCACCAUGGGGAAAAGUGAAAGCGAACUUUCCAUGAUAAAGGAGACUUCUGUGGAAGAAGACUUCUUUAAGAUGAAUGUAGCACAUAUGAACCAGUCCUUUUUGUUGUGGCUUCAGCUGGGUAAGAUUGCCGUUGACCUUACUACAAAAGAGACAAAUGACAAACUGUUUUCGUUCUUUUGCAAGUUUUACAGAUUUGUGAGACGGCAGAAUGGUCCUCUUAAUAAGGAAGAAAAGGAAACUAUGGAUAUUUUUGAAGAUGUUUGUCGCACCUCUGGGGCAUUCUUAGCUACAGUCAAUUUUGACGCAAAGAACAUUUCAUAUCAACAAUUGCAUGAGUUGGUUUGUGAUCUCCUUCCAGUUGACGCAAAUAUCACCCAAUCCCCUUGUGACAUUUUUCUCACUCUCUUCAUACUUACUGGUGCAACCUGCAAGAUGGCAAAAAGUUUCCUAGAGUAAAAAUUUGAUUACUGCAAUUAAAAGUGGAGUGAAGUACAGUAAGUUUGGUGAUGGGGUUUUAACCUUAAAAUUGUAUUGUUGUCACAUGCAAGAUUCCUCAUUUUUGGGAGUAACUGAAUCUCAAGAGCUGUGCGUCACUAACUGUCAAAUGUGAAAGCCCACCAAAAGAGGACAAACAACAUGUGGCUACUGGAAACAGAGCCAGUUACCCAUGACAACAACACAAUUUUAAUGUCAAAAUGUGGUUGGGAUACUAUUCCCUGCCUCAAUCAACUAAAACUUGUAAUACUAUUGGAAUGGAGUGGAAAAAAAUCCAAAAGAGGGGGUGGAGGGAAUUUGAGCAACACUGUAAGCUUCCCUCACUCACUAGUAGAACAGCAAGAAGGGAUCAUCAUGUCAUAUUCUUUCUCAUUUCUAAUAGAAAGAAAUGCCUGCUACAUUAAGCUGUUUUUCAGGAUUUUCACACACUUUUUUUUUGAGUAGCAAUGAGCUUUCUAUUAUUAAUUUCCAUUUGUAAGAAACAAACAUAUUUGAAAUAAAAAAGGCUCUUAAAACUAAAAAGAGAUAUGUUGUCAAAGUUCCCUUGCUCCCCCUUCCCCUCCCCCCCCCAAAAAUAUAUCUUCUUGUAAUGACAUACAGUGAAAAAGCCUUGGCCCACUUUCUGCCAUGAUCUUAAAGUGAAAAAUCUCUGUACCACAUGGUAUAAGCUAAGGGCUUAUGACUGUGAUGUAACUGUACUGUCCAUUAAGAACAUGAUAAAUUUUUAUUCCUACUAUCAUGUUUGCCAAGGGUUAAAUAUGACUAUUACUGUUUCUGUUCAUGCUAUGUAGAAAAAAAAAGUCUUGGAAUGUUCCCACACCUGACUCUUCAACUGUGAAAUUUUGUAAAAAUGAAAUCAGUAUUACUCAAGCAACAAUUAA